AUGCCCGUUAGAAGAAUUGCUCAACUAGUCCACUUGAAGCCCUCUGCCGUGGCAGCUUACAAGGAAUGUCACGCCAAUGUGUGGCCGGAGGUACUCCAGCAGAUCAAGGAAUGUAAUAUUCGAGAUUAUUCCAUAUUCUUUGACAAUGAGCGGACUUUAUUCGCGACGUUUAAGUAUGUCGGGGAGGAUUUUGAAGGGGAUAUGAAGCGCAUGAAGGCCAAUCCGAAGGUGAGGGAGUGGUGGGCCAUUACGGAUGGGAUGCAAGAGAGUCCAACGCCUGGGGCUAUAGGGAGUGCUGAGGGACCUUCGUGGUGGAAGCCGUUGGAGGAGGUUUUUUAUACGGAUUGA